AGCAUUUCAUUUAUUUAUUGCUAUCGGGAUGUUAACAGCAUUACAUGGAAUAUAACUAAAAGUGUUUCUGAAGUGAAUGACCUACCCUACCUUUAAGUACAUAUUCAGCCUCUGCUGCUUUAAAUACCAGAUACAUUUGGAGACAGGGCAACCAUUGUUGUUUUCUGUUAUAUCACUGUAAAAGUUUCAGUUUCGUUUCUCUGUAAACCGAGCGUCGCUUUAACUGUGAGGAGGAGAUGUAUCAAAUCAGGUCAGUCUGCUGAACCAACUGGUUAGCUGACUUGCCCGGAACUCAUUUAAGUAUGACUUUACUCAUCUCUAAGUUUGUCACCAAGACCCUGUGCGACCACCAUGGUUGCUUGGACUUCAAGCACCUUGAUGAGAAGAUUGCACAGUCUUUCACCGUUGCGCCUCAACUCCUGCGGAGUGUCAUUUUUGACGACGGUAAAAUAGCCAUUGAAGAAGGAAAGCAGAAGGCCAUCGGCAGCCAAGUAAUCAGCCCGGACAGUCUGAUAGUGGCUAAAACCAGCCUGCGUCUCUGUCAGAAAAAACCCGGAGAUUGUGUACAGUGCGACGGGUUACACCUGUGCAGGUAUUACGUCUGUGGAGACUGUACGUUCGGAGCAAAGUGUAAAAAUCCCCAUAGCCUGGCUUUUCCAAACGAUGCAGAGCUUUUGAAAAAAUAUGGUCUUCAGGACUUGAAGGAGAAACAGUUGUUCCAGCUGUUACUGCAGAAUGAUCCAUAUCUGCUGCCUGAGAUCUGCCAGCACUACAAUAAAGGCAACAGUGUGCACGGUUCCUGCAAAUUCGCCACUUCCUGCACCAAGCUCCACAUCUGCCUGCACUAUCUGCAGGGUGACUGUAAGUUUGGCUCCUCGUGCAAAAGAACACAUACUGUUGAUGCCAAUGGAACGAAGAUUUUCCGAGGAUUCAGUCAGGAAAAUAUUACAAACCUUCUUCAGAUCUACAGAAAUAAAUUCAUCAUCACGGGUCAACAUGAGAGACAAGCUUCUGUUGUUCUCGGGCUGCCAGUCGCGAGAACCCCGACUCAGCAACCAUCUCACAACAACCCUAGACCCCCAACUACUUCUGCUGGUCCAUCUAAAGCCAUAAGCGAUGCAGAGAGGGAUGAAAUCUGUCUCUUCUUCAUCCGCAGACACUGCAGCUUCAAAGAGAAGUGUGCUCGUGUCCAUUGGCCCUGGCCUUACAGAUGGCAGGUGUUAGACCGUGAUGGUGUGACCUGGAAGGACCUGCCUGACAUGGAAGACAUGGAGAAGGCCUACUGCGACCCAGGACAGGACACAAGCUGCAUCGAGCCACCAGCCGCCCCCUUAGGCAUUUUGAGAUACCUGUCACUAACAAGCUCGGCACCCCCGGCUGGGCCGUCAGUAGACUUCAUGACCAUGACAUACGCAGGGUCUCCAGUCCGCCGCCUGUCCACAGCCUCCUCCGUCUCAAAGCCCCCCCACUUCCUUCUCACCACACAGUGGCUCUGGUACUGGAAGGAUGAGAGCGGGAAAUGGCUGGAGUAUGGACAGGGAGAUGGUGACAGGCCAGCCUCUGUGACCUCUCAGACUCUGGAGAAUGUGUACCUGGCAGACAGCGAUACUGAGAUUCCUUUUGGUGCUGGCAACCACCAGUACAUCCUCCACUUCAAGAGUGCCCUGGGAGCACAGGGGAUAUAUCAGCAGAAUGUCAAGUUUAAGACCAAGAGGGAGGUCCGACGGAGGCCUGUCUUUGUGUCGGGUCAUGACGUGGAGGUGAAGCUAAAGAGUGGAUCAUCACCCAGCUCCUCCACAGCUGACAGUUUCCCCCCCAACUGGGACAAGAAGGCCAUACUGGAUUUUGGACACAAGCUCGUACUGCUCUCCAAAUCUGAGAAGGAGUAUCAGAUGAUUGAGUCGCUGUUUAAGCGCACGAUGCCACUGAGUAAAAUCAACAAAAUACAGAGGAUCCAGAACUCCUCUCUGUGGAAAAUCUUUCAGUGGCAGAAAGAGCAGAUGAAGAUGAGGAAUGGAGGGAAAACUGUGAAUGAGCAGUACUUGUUCCACGGGACAGAAGAAUCCCUGAUUGAUGCCAUCUGUGAGCAAAACUUUGACUGGAGGAUGUGUGGGGUCCACGGCACGGCCUACGGCAAAGGGAGCUACUUUGCCAGAGAUGCGUCUUACUCACACAGAUAUGCCACGUUGAAAAGUAAACAGAGCAACAUCAUGUUUGUUGCUCUGGUGCUGAUCGGGGAGUACACCAGGGGGAGCAGCAGCUACGUCCGGCCCCCACCCAAAGGAAGCGGCAAAGACCUCUACGACAGUUGUGUUGACAGCAAGAGCGACCCCAGCAUCUUUGUUGUCUUUGAGAAACAACAGAUCUAUCCCGAGUAUAUCAUCAACUACUCUUGAGUCACAAUGCUGGGGUAAAUCUUUAUUAUGGGAUACUGUGUACUUCAACGGAAGCUACCUUUGUUAAAGGUUUGUGACGUUUAACACUGGUGGAAGAAGUCUUCAUUAGGGUUGUAAUGCUACAAUGCAAAAAUACAUAUUAAUAAUAAUACAUUUGAUUUUUAUAGCACUUUUCCUAAUGCUCAAACACGCUUUACAUACAAUUACAACAGAAACAGUGCAAAGAAAACAAAACACAUUACACAUAAGAGAUUAUCAUUAAAAGUAUUGAAUGCAAUAUAAUCAUUGUAUUAACUAGUAUUGAUAUAAUAGUUUGAGGUUAAGUAAUUAGUAAAGUGUAUCAGAAAAUUCUUGCAGAAUGUAUAGAAACAAAAAAAAAGUAUAUUCUUGUGUUUAGUGUCUAUUGUGUUGAAGCAAUCUGCUACAGGUUGUUGUUUUUGGUCAAUAAAGGAAUCUGAGGGUCUGCUGCUAUAUGAAAUGAAAUCACCUUGUUAUGUAGAAGAAAUAUUCCAAAUUGCCAAUAAAGUUAACAAUGUGUAUAUAACUGAACAAAGAGUGAUCUGAUUUUCACAUGUUAAUAUUUAAUUACACACAAGUGCCAUUCAACCCAUUUUAAAUGUACAUCAUUCAGAAAGGCAUGUUCAGCCCUGUGCCUCAUCACAGCAGCUACAUGUAUAAUCAUCAAUUAAUCACAUCUUAUUCUAUACAUUUACAAUUCAAAUGUAUUCAGGGCUCUAAUUCAUAAGUUUCAUCAAAUAACUUCCAAAUAAUUGUCUAAAAUUCUAAAUAAGAUUGAUCAUCUUACAUGAGAAACAUUUCAUUUCAAUAAAGUAUAAAGAAUAAUAAAUUAGACAUGAUCAAUUUAAUCAAAUGUUUUUACUCCACGACCUAAACAAGUUCCAUCUUGUUUACUAUUCUGAGAUAUUUUAUAAAUGCUGAGUCAUCAGAAAAUAAAAACAGGAGGAUUUCCUUUAAAAUCACUGUAAAAUAGCAGCUGUCAUUUGAAGGGGUUUAAAGAUAACGUGACAGCAUUGUGUAAGACUGGAGUCAACAGCAGUAACUUGUAAUGUAGAGACAAUCAAUUAAUUCUACAGUGCAAGGAAGACAAAUAGUUGAGGUGAAUUCAUUCAUUUCACAGACUUUUAUUCGCUCUUUAUUCACUCGUCUCGUUUUCAGUACCCUUUAAAGUUCACUCACCAAGAAGAAAGGCACUAACCAUGCACUAUCAUC